UUACUUGCGUUUUAGCAAGGUCCUACUUGACAGCGGCUGCAGCAGCCGCCUUCUUUUCCCCUAGUUGGGCCUUUGUCUCAGCAAGGCGUGAAAAAUGGUGAAGUUCACUAUCGAGGAGAUCCGCGCGCUCAUGGACAAGAAGCACAACAUCCGCAAUAUGUCCGUGAUUGCCCACGUCGAUCACGGCAAGUCGACCCUGACCGACUCGCUGGUGGCUGCCGCCGGUAUCAUGGCUGUCGAGCAGGCCGGCGACGCCCGCCUUACGGACACUCGCGCCGACGAGCAGGAGCGUGGUAUUACCAUUAAGUCCACCGGUAUUUCGCUCUACUACCAGAUGACCGAUGAGGACCUGAAGAACUUCACCGGCGAGCGUGAUGGCAACGAUUACCUGGUGAACCUCAUCGACUCGCCCGGGCACGUCGAUUUCUCGUCGGAGGUGACUGCCGCUCUGCGCAUUACCGAUGGCGCGCUGGUGGUGGUGGACUGCGUGGAGGGCGUCUGCGUGCAGACGGAGACUGUGCUUCGCCAGGCCCUUGCUGAGCGUAUCCGCCCUGUUCUGACCGUGAACAAGAUGGAUCGCUGCUUCCUGGAGCUGAUGCUGGAGGGUGAGGAGGCCUACACCACCUACCUGCGCGUGAUUGAGAACGCCAACGUCAUUCUGGCCACCUACCAGGAUGAGGCCAUGGGCGACAUCCAGGUCUACCCCGACAAAUCCACCGUGUCCUUCUCGGCUGGUCUGCACGGCUGGGCGUUCACCCUCACCACCUUCGCCCGCAUGUACGCCUCCAAGUUCGGCACCGACGAGGCGCGCAUGAUCACCAAGCUGUGGGGUGACAACUUCUUCGACCCCGCCACCAAGAAGUGGACCACCAAGCAGACCGACUCGCCCAGCUGCAAGCGUGGCUUCGUGCAGUUCAUCUACGAGCCCAUUAAGACCAUCAUCGACCUGGCCAUGAAGGACGCCAAGGACAAGCUGUGGCCCAUGCUGGAGAAGCUGAACGUCAUCGGCCGCCUCAAGUCGGAGGACAAGGAGCUGUCCGGCAAGCCGCUGAUGAAGCGCAUCAUGCAGUCGUGGCUGCCCGCCAACGAGGCGCUGCUGGAGAUGAUUGUGUACCACCUGCCCUCGCCCGCCAAGGCCCAGAAGUACCGCGUGGAUGUGCUGUACGAGGGCCCGCUGGACGAUGUGUACGCCACCGCCAUCCGCAACUGCGACCCCAACGGCCCGCUGAUGUGCUACGUGAGCAAGAUGAUUCCCACCAACGACAAGGGCCGCUUCUUCGCCUUCGGCCGUGUGUUCGCCGGCAAGGUGUCCACGGGCGCCAAGGUCCGCAUCAUGGGCGCCAACUUCGUGCCCGGCGAGAAGAAGGACCUGUACAACAAGUCCGUGCAGCGCACCGUGCUGUGCAUGGGCCGCAAGCAGGAGGCCGUGGAGGACGUGCCCUGCGGCAACACCGUGGCUCUGGUGGGCCUGGACCAGUACAUCACCAAGACCGCCACCAUCACCCGCGAGGGCUGCGAGGACGCCUUCCCCAUGAAGGCCAUGAAGUUCAGCGUGUCGCCCGUCGUGCGUGUGGCCGUGGAGCCCAAGAACGCCUCUGACCUGCCCAAGCUGGUGGAGGGCCUGAAGCGCCUGGCCCGCUCCGACCCCAUGGUGCAGUGCAUCACUGAGGAGACGGGUGAGCACAUUAUCGCCGGUGCGGGUGAGCUGCAUCUGGAGAUUUGCCUGAAGGAUCUGCAGGACGACUUCAUGGGUGGCGCUGAGAUCAAGGUGUCGGAGCCCGUGGUGGCCUUCCGCGAGACCGUGACCGCCCAGUCGGACCACACCGUCAUGUCCAAGUCGCCCAACAAGCACAACCGCCUGUACAUCCAGGCGCGCCCCAUGGAGGAUGGCCUGGCUGAGGCCAUCGAGGCCGGCCGGGUCGGCCCCCGCGACGACCCCAAGGUCCGCUCCAAGAUCCUGUCGGAGGAGUUCGGCUGGGACAAGGAAAUUGCCAAGAAGAUCUGGUGCUUCGCCCCCGACACCAACGGCGCCAACGUCAUGAUCGACGUCACCAAGGGUGUGCAGUACCUGAACGAGAUCAAGGACUCUUGCGUGGCCGCCAUGCAGUGGGCCUGCAAGGAGGGUGUCAUGGCGGAGGAGAACAUGCGCGGUGUCGUGUUCGAGUUCCACGAUGUGGUGCUGCACACGGAUGCCAUCCACCGCGGUGGUGGCCAGAUUAUCCCCACGGCCCGCCGUGUCAUCUACGCCGCCGAGCUGACUGCCCAGCCCCGCCUGUGCGAGCCCGUGUACCUGGUGGAGAUCCAGGCGCCCGAGAACGCGCUGGGAGGCAUCUACUCCACACUCAACACCAAGCGCGGCAUGGUGUUCGAGGAGAUGCAGCGCCCCGGCACCCCCAUGUACAACAUCAAGGCCUACCUGCCCGUCGUGGAGUCCUUCGGCUUCACCUCGGUGCUGCGCGCCAACACCGCCGGCCAGGCCUUCCCGCAGUGCGUGUUCGACCACUGGGAUGUGAUGCCCAUGAACCCCCUGGAGAAGGGCAACCAGGCCAACACCCUCGUCACCAACAUCCGCACGCGCAAGGGUCUCAAGCCCGAGCCCUCGCCGCUGUCCGAGUACGAGGACAAGCUGUAAAGCAGCAGCGCUGUACACGCACGCGUUGUAGAGCAGCAGCAGCGGCAUCGGCUUCAUCUGUGUGCCUGCAGCAGCUGUUAGCGCAUGUGGGAGCACCGGCGGCUUAGCACGGCGUCGAAAUGCGUUGUGCGGGCGGCCGUUGCGAUGCAGUGCCUCGGUAGGAUCAGGACAAAGAGGAUUGGCGGGGCAGUGGUGCUAUCCUGAGCGUAGCGCGAGCCGGGGACCGAAGCUGGGGGCGUGCGCGGAAGCGCGAAGCUGCCCAUGGCGCAGGAGUAAGGCUGAGUAGCUAUCUCGAGCAGAGGGAUGUUGGAUUGUACUACAGGUUGCGGCGUGAUGCUGUGCACUUGCUGCAUGGAUGGUGAGGCAGCGCGGACUAAGCCUUCUGUCACAACGUUGGCUGUAACGCAGGGUGUUUGCUUUGCUGUCUGCGCUUCCGCCCGGUUCCCAUGUACGGCAACUGUAGGAAACCGUUUGGUCAGUGGGUAACUAGGGUGACCGCACUUGGCUAUGGGGCAAUCGCUUCACGUCCACGCUUACAUGACUUUUGACUGUUGAUGACAAAGCAACUUGACUUUCAGGUAACACCGUUGGCUUGCAUUUGAGGGAAAUUCGCCGACGACGUAUCGUAUGGUGUUACCUCAUCGUUGGAGCGCAGGAAAUGUAAAAACGUAAAAAUACAUCA